AGUCUACAGGAGGAAGUUUGCAGAUCGUUGGCUUUAGAUGCAAAGUAGGAAGUGACUUCCGCAGCCUCUCACUCACACAAGCUGCACAGAGCAGCAGCGGAGUGUGGAGAGGGAGAGAGAAGCAGGAAGUGCCGUGCAGACUGCCAGCUCAGCCCCGCAGACAUGUUCCGCUUGCCGCUCCUGCUCCUGCUCCUGAGCCUGUCUCUGCGCCGGGACUGGGACACGGUCUGUGCGGCGCCAGUCACACAACUCAACCAGCGGCCAAUCAUCGGUGUACUGACGCAGAAAACAUACGGUGAACUUAACAAGUUUGGCAAAAGCUAUAUUGCUGCUUCAUAUGUUAAGCAUCUCGAAUCUGCUGGUGCAAGAGUUGUGCCCAUAAGCAUUAAUUUGUCUGAAGAUGAAUGCAAGAAGCUCUUUUAUUCUAUAAAUGGGUUGCUCUAUCCAGGUGGUGGAGUAAACAUCAUGACAUCUUCAUAUGCUAAAUUGGCAGCUAUCUUCUAUAAUCUUACAAUUGAGGCAAAUGAUCAUGGUACUCACUUCCCAGUGUGGGGAACUUGUCUUGGGUUUGAAGAAUUGACUUUUACCACCAGUGGGGAAAACCUUCUGACAUUGACAAACACCUCAAAUCUGACUCUUCCUUUGACGUUCACAAAAGAAUCACGGGACAGUCGAAUGUUCAAGAAGUUUCCUAAAGACCUAUUGCAAGCCUUGGCUGAGGAACCACUGACUGCAAACUUUCACAAAUGGAGCCUGUCUGUGAAGAAUUUUACCAGCAAUGCAAAACUGAGUAAUUCCUACAGGAUCCUGACCACUAACACGGACAGCCAGGGGUUGCAGUUUAUAUCCACCAUGGAAGCACGCAACUACCCUAUUUAUGCAGUUCAGUGGCAUCCUGAGAAAAAUCCUUAUGAAUGGAGCAAAAAAGAAAACAUCCCACAUUCCUUGACAGCUGUGAAAGCAGCAUGGUACAUGGCUGAGUUUUUUGUUAAUGAAGCUCGGAAAAACCUCCAUCAUUUUUCUAACGAAACUGAAGAAGCAAAAGCUUUGAUUCACAAUUACUUGUCGAUUUAUACUGGAGACAUCUCUAAUUUUCAACAAAUGUACUUCAUCGAUUAGGUCAUACUUCAGAUGAAGUGGAUUUUGGCAGAUUAUAUCAAAUUACUUGGCUCUUGAUCCAUCAGCGAUUGCUGUGCCCAGGCAGUCCUGUUCUUCCUUACAAUGUUGUCAGUAAUAAAUAACUGAUUAACCUACCUGCUGUGUGUUCAUACUGUGUGGGGAAAGGCACUAUUUGAAAUUAAUAGUAAAUCACACUUAAAAUACUACGAAAGCACCAAUGUGUAUAAAAUCAACCACAUGAUAUUUCCCAGAUGGAAGUUACUGCCUUUAAAAUCUUGUAACACUUCGGCGCUUGUGAGUUGUGGAUCUUUCACACAUGAAAUGAUCCUGUAAUUCACAGCUGCCUCUAUGAUACCCUCAUCUAUAUUCAGGUCAAUUUACUCAGAAGCCUCUACUCCCGGUAGCUGCUUGUUAAAUAUUCAGCAGGCAGAAUAAGUAUUGUGUUAUAGACGGCCAAACUAUCACCAAAUCAUAUCUCUUAAUGGAUGCCUAAUAUUAACACAUUGAGUGCUUUAAGUAAAUCACAUUAGUCACACUGUGAAUUCUCCUGUAAUUUGCUGGUUUUGCCAAAGCCCAAUGGUUGGAAAAGUACAGUAGUUUGUGAUUGUUCGCUAUGGCAGCUUGUUCUUCAUUAGGGACUGGACCAAAGUGAUUCUGUGGCUGUGGUUUGUAAAAAUUGUAUGUCUGUUUCUAACCUCUGAAUAAUUCUAACCUCAAUGAGUGUGCUUCUCAAUUUAUUGCCUGUUUGGUAAAUGACCCCAUUCAGUGCCAAUUGUUUCAAAGGGCAAAGUGCAUGCCUUGUGCUGUGAUGAAACAAAUUUGUCAAAAGUCUCGAAAAGAGACAUCUCAGAGGGAACUGUAGAGGUAUAGAAGAUUCUAAAUGGGACAGAGAAAAUAAACCCACAACAAUGUGUUAAAUUCACCACAAUUAUACAGUCAAUUCACUUAAAAGUAUAUUCUGUGAAGCGCUUUGAGAAGUCUAGAAGAGUUGAAAACGCUAUAUCAAAUGCAAGGAUUAAUUUUAUUAUAUUAUUAAGUUACAUCAAUGCAGCAGGACAAGAGGGUCCAGGGCUGUGAAAGGCAAUUUUCAGAUAGGCACCAGGAAGUAUUUCUUUACAUUGAGGGUAAUUAACAGCUGGAAUAGGAACCGUGGUCGUGGCCAAAACACUGGGCACAUUUAAGAAACACUUUGAUGCUGUAUUGGGAAGAUGGGAGGAUGACAUCAAAUGGUCCAGAGAGCUUUCUCCACCUGUACCUCUGUUUACACUUUAUAAAAACAUUGUAUUUCUUGGCUGCUUUUAUGUCUGUCCCACAAAUUCCAGGAAUACAUAUCACCACCCAGGGGAGAAAGCAAUUCUCAAACACCUAAGGUCUGGACUUUUUGUUGUGGGUUUUAGGUUGAUCCUUACGCAGUAGGUUCAUUUAAUCGAUUCGGUAUUUGAAAAUAAAUAGUUGUGGAAAGAUCACAGCUCUGUGGAGUUGCAGCAACAGCAUUUUCUGCAGGGAAUCUCCUGUACUCUGAGGCCAGAAUCCUAAUGUGGAGUCAGGCACUUUGAGUUGCUACCAGAGUGCUACCAACUGAGACAGGAUGAGGCCUGAAACUGUAAUGAAUAUUCUUUUGUAAAUUUAAUGCAACUUUCCUUUUUACUGUGAUUUUUGUGAAAACUAUUUUCUCUGAAGGAAAUGCCACUUCCUUUUGAAGCUGUUUGCUUAUCUCUUUAUACUCAUUGCUUUGAUCUUUAGAUUGAUACUCUUUUUAUCUUCAGAGCAGAUUAUGCUUGUACUGUGCAUCUAGCAUCUAUGUGCUCCAGAUCUUUGAGAUAAACCUCAAUAAAAUCAAUUUUGACAAUGUU